AUGGAGAACAGUACAGAGGUGACAGAGUUCAUUCUUGCAGGGUUAACUGAUGACCCAGAGCUCCAGAUACCACUCUUCAUCGUCUUCUGUCUCAUCUAUCUCAACACUGUGCUUGGGAACCUGGGAAUGGUAGGGUUAAUUCUGCUGGACCCACACCUCCACACUCCCAUGUACCUUUUUCUCAGUCACCUAUCUCUGGUAGACUUUGGUUAUUCUUCAGCUGUCACUCCCAAAGUAAUGGCAGGACUCCUUUCAACAGACAAAAUCAUAUCCCGCAAUGCUUGUGGCACCCAAUUCUUCUUCUUUGUGGGCUUUAUAACUACGGAAAGCUUCCUGCUCGCUGCCAUGGCUUAUGACCGCUAUGCAGCAGUGUGUAAGCCUCUGCAUUACACCACCACCAUGACCACAAACACAUGUGCUUGUCUGAUCAUAAGUUCCUAUGUCUGUGGCUUUCUGAAUUCCUCCAUCCACACUGGAAACAUUUUCAGCCUCUCCUUUUGCAAGGCCAGUGUGGUAGACCACUUCUUCUGUGAUGCUCCUCCUCUCCUGGCCCUCUCAUGCUCAGACACCUCUGUCAGUGAGAUGGUGAUUUUCUUUGUGGUGGGUUUUAACGCGCUCUUCUCUAUUGUGGUCAUCAUGAUCUCCUACCUGUUUAUAUUCAUCACUAUUCUGAGGAUGCGCUCAUCGGAAGGACGCCAGAAGGCCUUUUCCACUUGUGGUUCCCACCUCACUGCAGUCUCCAUCUUCUAUGGGACAGUCAUCUUUAUGUACUUACAGCCCAGCUCCAGCCACACCAUGGACACUGACAAGAUGGCGUCUGUGUUCUACAGCAUGAUCAUCCCCAUGCUGAACCCUCUGGUCUACAGUCUGAGGAACAAAGAGGUCAAGGGUGCAUUCAAAAAGGUUGUGGGAAAUAUAAAAGCUUCUUUAACAUUCAUAUUUUAG